CCACACACUUCGACUCCAAUUCCCAAUUCCGCGAAACGAAGUCCGUAGCCAUCGUCUCCUCCUGACCUAGGAUACGGUAGUCAUCGAUUUGCUCCCUAUCGGAUUUCGAGUUACAAGUCUUUUUCAGGCCUCUAACUACCUGUCACCUGUUGAAAGAGCACCUACUCUGUGGGAUACAUCGCCAGAUCGAGCACGCACAGUGCCUAGUCUAACGUCUACUACAACUUUCAUAAAGACACUUUGCUCCUCUCCUCGAUCUGUUGGCACUGCCUCCGUCAUCUGCGAUCACAGACCCUUGCCAUUUCCUACAAUUACAUCGCUCUUCCCAGAAAGCAGUCCCACCUGACUCAACGCCAUGAGGCUCUACAACCCCUUCUCAACUCUCCCUUCCUACAACCCCCUGACUCUCCUAAGCGCAGGCGGCUUUACCACUCACCACAACUCCAAGCAUGCAGACACCCCGCACCUCUCGGGCGAGGUCGCCGUCAUCACAGGCGGCCAAUCCGGUAUCGGCCGCGAAAUUACCGCGCAACUACUACUCCAUGGCAUCUCCAAAGUAUACAUCAUCGCGCGCAGCGCCGCAAAAUACCAAGAUGCAAUGUCCGAAUGGGUGAACAAGAAAGGCCUGAAGCGGAGCGACGUUGAAUCAAGAACCGAGUUUAUACCUUGCGACCUCAGUAGCGUCAAAGACGUCGCAAGGGCAUCGAACGAGCUACUCAGCAAACUCGAUCGAUUGGAUAUUCUCCUCAACAAUGCUGCUGUUCCUCCAACCCCGGAUUACUCCUUGUCCCCAGAUGGAACCGAGACCGUGUUCGCGAUCAUCCACGUCGGCCACUUUACUCUCACUAACAUCCUCCUGCCACUGAUUGAGCGGACGGCAGCGACAUUCGGCGGUGCGCGGGUUGUUGAUACCAACUCGUCGCUUCACAUGGCUUGUCAAGAGCUGGAUCUGUCGUUACUGACCUCUCCUAAGCCGACGAAAUCGCCCGUACUUUUUGAUGCUGUUUGGCGCUAUGCCCGAGCCAAGCUUGCUGGCAUCAUGUUCACUCGAGAACUGGCGAAACGACUCCAGAAGAAGGGCGUAACUAAUGUAUACGUCAAUAGCUUCUUCCCGGGAAACAUUCCGACUGAUGCAUUCGAUACGUGGAAGCUGUUCUUCGGCAACUUCGUUGGCUCAGCGUUCAAACCAGUAUUCAGUAUCAUGGGUCAGACUGUCGAAGAAGGUGCUGCUACCGCUUUAUUCCUUGCCACCAACAGAGACGUCGAAUUGAAAGAUAUCAAGGGCAAGUACUUCGUCCCAAUAGCGACAGAAAGCAAGCCCAGCACGCUGGCGGAGAACAAGGAUCUUCAGAAGAAUCUUUGGUACUGGACCGACCAUCAAGUUACUGAAGUGCUUGGGAAGGGAUGGCAGGACGUGGGUGAAUCAACUGUCAAGCGACCAAUAGGGCACGGCUGAGAAUCCAUGAUCAACGGUUUCUCUAGCUUUUCUAUCAUACAGUCUAGGACACAAGUUUGGGCACGCCGUUUCUCUCAUCUCGUCCUAAUUUAUAAUGAGGUGCUGAAGCACCACAAACAGCGGCAAGUAGGCCGGCUGUCAGCGUGUGAAAUUUAGCUUCUUAUCAUUUCAGAGUGCACUGAAACAACUCCAAAUCUGGUAAGCAGGUCGUCAGCGCAUCGAACGCUGCACGAGGAUUGGUUCGCGGAGUAUGUUAUGCAUUCUGUCCUCGUCGGUCCCCAAUUUUUUAAUCUUCUGAUACCCUCUGUUUUCUUAGCCUUUAUCUCUUUUAUUCCGCACGACCAUCAAUAUCCUUGCUGUUGACGAUUACAGAUUGGCGAGUUUUCUCUUCUGCAAAAGGAAUUAGCAUUAGGCCCAAAGCCCUCUUCAAAUAAUUGUCCCACAACUGAAACUGAAAACUUCAAUGCGAUAACUUCAUCU